GGUUAGGGGAGGGUUUGGCUCAUCGCGCCCUAGCGAGUCCUUGUGGCGGUCCGGGUGCCUGCAGGCUGACCCCGGUCGCCAAUAGGCUAUAUGCAUUAUACCGCCUCCAACUUUCUAAUUUACUUCCUACUGUGUUGAUAACUUCCGGAGCGAUUUAUGCUAUUGCUAUCAUUAGCUUACUAGCUAUAACUGUAGUCGAUGCAUUUCUCACUGAAAGUCGCAAUGACUACGUUUAAAUUACAGCCCGGCGAAGGAGGUGCUAAUGAACAUUGUUCAGUUUCUUCCAAAUGUAAUGGUAUUGUGAGCUUCCAUAGUUUCCCGGUCGAUGUAACUUGAAGCUCAGAAAAAGAUGGUUGGUGGUAGUACACAUUUCGUCGAGUGACGUUGAGGGAAAAAUACCUAUAUUAAAAAAAAAAAACACUCUUCGCGUGGAACUAGCACAUUCAAAAGAGACCUGGUGUUUUUUGAAAGAAGACCGAAACCUCCUGCUCCAACUGAGGAUGAAGAACAAGGUGCGCUGCUUAUGGACUGUGCCGUCUCUGAUCCGGUUCAGACACAUGACUACUAUGCAGUCCCUGAACAUGACCCUAAUGGCAAAACAUGAGCACGUAAGAAAAAUUGAAGAGCUUCGAGCCAAGCUGGAGAACUGACCGCCCAACACGGCUUUGGUCUACAGCGAUUUGCUGGUUCUGACGAGGAUAUACGUUUUUACACAAGGCACAGUAAUAAUUUAUUAUCCAGCAUUACUAUUGUUUGUUUGUUGAUUUGAUUGGCCCAUCCAUCUUCAGAGGACAAAGGUAACUUUAUACAUUAUUCAUACACUUGACAUACAUGGCACUUUUAUACAAAGUAUUACACGAUAGGAAUACAGUUUGAUAACCACAUAAAAUUGUACUCAUCCAUAGCCGUGUGACCUCUGAGUUAGGACACCUGUUUAAAAGACCCAUCUUCCAUUUUAUUGAGGAACAUUCCAUUGUUAGUACUUCAACAUUAUUCAAAUUAAAUGUUAAAGUGUAUGGUGUAAAUGACAGUGAUCCGUCUCUGAACUUCCUUCCUUCCUUGUCUCUUUCAGUAGCAUAUUUCUCUUUGGCUUCUGUCGGUCUUUCCUCUGGUGUCAUUCAUACAAUGCCUUCAGAAAGUAUUUACACCCCUUGACUUUUUCCUAAUUGCCUUGUGUUAGCCUGAAUUUAGAUUUUUUUGUCACUGGCCUACACGCAAUACCCCAUAAUGUCAAAGUGGAAUUAUGUUUUUAGACAUUUUUUCAAAUUAAUUAAAAAUGAAAAUCUGAAGAGAAAAAAGACACAUUGGUGCAGCUGGUUUCCGUGUUAAGGAGCGCGGUUAGGUGGGUCAUGUUUCGGGCAUGAUUCCACCUUCGCCUCUCCCGUUUGAGUUGCAGCGAUGAGAAAAUAUCGAAAAGGGGAGAGGGAGUAAAAUAAAUAAACAAAAAUCAGUGUCAGAUGCAUGUUUGUGACAUAGUUGAACCCAGACCAAAAUAGUCUAUAGGGGAGGUAUUUGGUAGAAUAAACUGACAUGAUUUCAGAGCAGAGAGGAAGCAAGAGGGUUUGCUCCCGUCAAUAUGUCCCCGAUAAGCAGACCUCCCGCCUUUGGAACAACAACUCCCAUUUUUGAGGAGGAGACUAGAUCAUCUCGUCAUUGUAUACAGUUUCUUUGGAUAAGCAUAGUUCUGUGCUGAGUCAUCAGUCAGGUGAGCAGGGUCAGCUGACAACAGUAUUUAGAUCGAAGACUCCCGCGAGCUGAAAGCCAAGCAGAGUUGAGUUUGUGUGAGACGUCUGAAAAAGGCAUUGUGCCUCCCUGGACACUUCAAUAACCGCCCGAGAAUCAGGUAAGAUACUUUAUUUUUGUGUUUGACCACAACCUUUGUCCUAGAAGACGUUUGAAGCAAAGCCAGCUGUAAAAACUCAGCGAGUAACAUCAUUGUCCCCAGCUGAAAAGUCUUUAUCAGUACAAACCGACUUCACUCAAUUCCAUAGCAGAUAGUACAUUUGAGACUGAGCUAUAAACACGUUUUGUCAAUAGAAAGAAUAAGCGGCAGCUUGUUGUUUAUUUAGCUAUAUUGUCUAGCUUGUUCGUUUAACCCUUUCCCCUCUGCUUAGCAUGAGCCUGAAUAUGGGUUCAGCUGAUGGUGUCCUCAAGCGGGGGUCUUUUGGAUGGAACACUGAUGGAAACUUCAGCUCUGUAUGCCCCAAUGGAUCGGUAUGGGUUUGGGAAGGGCUGGGGGAAUGUGCCCAGGACGCCAGGGACAUGGCCAGUGUCAUCCUGGGUCUGCUGUCUAUAGUGUGCUUCAUGGUUUCUUCUCUGCCGCAAUACUACAGCUCUUGUAAGAGUGGGAAUAUGGACAGCGCCUUGUCCAUUUGGUUUCUGUUGCUGUGGCUGGGGGGUGACUCCUGCAAUCUUGUAGGCUCAUUCUUAGCUGACCAACUGCCGCUACAGACAUACACAGCAGUGUAUUAUGUCCUGGCUGACUUAUUGAUGCUGGGAUUGUACUUUUACUACGUAUCUAAGCACAGGAUGAAUAACAACAGGUCGGUUCUAAAUGUAGUUGGUAUAGUCUAUAUACUGUGCUUCUCUGCCAGCCUCGUUGCCUUACCUGGGUCAGGGUCCCAACAGGAUGUGGUCCUCUCUGGGUUUAAGGGGCGGGCCUUGCUGUCAACUACUGUGGACAGUGUUAAGGCUUUCAGCACCAAGGAGAUCAUUGGGUUUACCAUUGGCUCCAUAUCCUCAGUGCUCUACCUCGGCUCCAGACUGCCACAGAUGCACACUAAUUACACAAGGAAGUCGACGGAGGGUUUGUCCUACUUCCUGUUUGCCCUGGUCAUCCUGGGUAACACUACGUACGGCCUGAGUGUGCUGCUGAAGAACCCUGAGCAAGGCCAGGGAGAGGGAAGCUACAUCAUCCACCACCUGCCCUGGCUCAUAGGAAGCCUGGGCACCCUAUCUCUAGACGUCCUGAUCUCUGUACAGUUCCUGAUAUACCGCAAUAAUGCCCCUCUGGAGUUGGAAUCGCAGCAUGAUGAGAGAGCUCCUCUGCUGGACAAAUGAAACUGCUCCCUUUGUGCUGGAUCUAGCAGUUCAGACAAUUAUCCCCACCCAAGACUCUCACUCACAUUCCUAAACUUUGACAAACACAGGAAAUCACUUUUCACUGUGUCGUUAUAUUUGUGAUUUGUGUUAUGAGAAAGAUGUUAAUUGGGAAUCAGCUGUAGAUUAUUUUAACUGUUCUUAAUUGCUCUUAAUCUUUUAGUGAAGGAUCUUCCAACCGUUUGUCUAAAUACUUCUAGUAUUUUAAAUUUGUUAUAAACCUGUCCUGACAAUCAUGACACUACUACUGGUCACUACAGGGAACAUUGUCGUAUUAGAAUAGUCUUAUUUUAUUUCAGAAGUGAUUGACAAAAAAAACAUUUGCAGAUCACUUCAUGACUUGAGUAUACAGACACCAAGACAUCUUAGUGUCUUGACAUGUUACAAUAAAUCCACAUGAACUUCAUUAAAGUGUAAAUGUCUGAAGUACUGUACUUAAUUUAUUUGAUCGUUUACAUCAGUUGCCUUUAAGCAUUUUGAAUUGUACAUUUUAGAUUUAUGUACUUCUUGUUGACCACUUGAGGGUAUGGUAUCCAGUCUGGAGACUUGACCUCAUGUUUGUUCAGUGUAAGCACAGAGUAAUGAUGCUCCCUGUUUCUUUCUUAGUCUGUUCCCUAACAAAUGGUGUUGCAUCAGUACAGAAAUGCACAGGAAGGAUUUAAAAUUUUAUCACGUUGAUAAUGUCUCAUUUCCCACAUUUAGGCAGGAAAAAGACAAUGUUCUAAAGAAAUUGGGAAUGUCUUUCAUUUUGAUUUAUGUUUCACUAACACGCUCAAUAGGACACAAUCAUGCUUUUAACAACUGAAUUUGUAUGGAGCCCUGCUGUCAUUUGGCCAGUGUACCUGAUCUUUAGUGUUAAAUAUGCUGGGAACAUGACGUCAUUUUCCGCCUUCCAUAUCCAGCCCGUAUUGUUUUUGGCUGGACUUCAAGAUUGUAUAAUAAAAUUCAUGAAAAGUAAUUUUAAUGUUUGUGCUCUAACUGUGUUCUAUAAACCAAUUUCUGUUCAUGCAAGUGUCUGACUACAAAUCACCUAUCAGUAGCUACAAUUUUGCAGUACGCACAGAUCGUGUUAUCAGCCUAUCACAUGUUAUGAAACUAUUGGUCAGUCACAUGAAUGAAACAAAACGCUAAUGAUUAUGCUAAAUCAUGCAAUAUAACAUCUCUGUAUAGGCGUAUAUAAGACAACUGCUGGGUCUGCCCAGGGAGAGCUCCUGAUUGACAUGUACUAUGGUGCAUUGAGUUGGAACCUCUUCAGCCAGCUGACAAUAAACAAUGAUUCAUUUUAGAUUGA